GGCAAACAAAGAGUCCUGCCGCCAUUUUGAUAGACCACCACCUGCCCACUUUCCUCUUUACUGCGCAUGCGCCAUGGGCGACUUGUUGCCCUAUGACGCAUGCGCCCCACCCCGCUCGGUUUUCUCUUUAAUACGCAUGCGCCACCAGGCACUGUUGUCCCAAUACCCCAGCGCCACCAGGAUUCAUUUACCCUGCUACCUAUCCCCUUCCUCUUUGCUGCGCAUGCGCCUACGGGGCAUACUUUCUCCCCUCCCCUCCCCGUGCGCAUGCGCCCAAACCUCACGCCGGGGGGAGGGGUCACUCUAUGCUGAUCAGCACACCCUCCUCCCCCCCAUAUUCAUCUAGGCGCAUGCGGAUUCCCUCCUGCCUGUGCAACACGCAUGCGCGAUCCCCUCCCCUUCCUGAAGCGCAGGCGUGGCGCUAGCCCCGCCCCCUACCCCACGGGGGCUCCUGAUUGGCUGCGGGGCGGGGUGAGCGCUAAAAACAAACGGCUCCGGUGGGGAAGCGGCUGGGUUAAUAGCAGAAAACUGAAAUAAAAUUGGGUUAUUUUACUGACUGGAGCUGAUGCUUGCGUAGUGGUUGGGAGUGCCAUGCAGUCCCAGCCUCGGCCCAGCAUGAAGGAGCAUCGCCAGCCCGACGCCCCUGUCCCAGUCCGUGUCUGUGUCCGUCUGCGCCCCUGCAGCAAAGACUCAGAGCCCUGCGUUCGUGGCCUGGACUCGCGCUCCCUCGAGCUUGUCAACUGGCGCAAUGCUAAGGAGACUUUCAAGUACCAGUUCGAUACCUUCUACGGGGACACAGCCACCCAGCAAGAUGUCUACUGCAGCUCUGUGCAGCCCAUCCUGCACCACUUGUUGCAGGGGCAGAACGCCAGUGUGCUGGCCUACGGGCCCACCGGGGCGGGGAAGACGCACACCAUGUUGGGCAGCCCCCAGCAGCCUGGUGUGAUCCCUCGGGCUGUGCGUGACAUCCUGCACAUGGUGCGGGAGGCUGGCUGUGGCCCUGACGGGCACAACUGCUCCUACUCUGUCUCCAUGUCCUACCUGGAAGUCUACCAGGAAAAGGUGCUGGACCUCCUGGAGCCGUCAGGGCGGGACCUGGUGCUGCGUGAAACGCCAGACCGCAGCAUUAUGGUGACGGGGCUGACAGAGCAGGAGCUGAGCAGCUUCCACGACUUCGAGAAGCACUUCCUGUUGGCCAGCCGCAACCGCACCGUAGCCUCCACAGGUCUCAACAGCCGCUCGAGCCGCAGCCAUGCAGCCCUGGUACUGCGCGUGGCCCAGUCUCGGCCCCUGGUCCCCGCCCGCAGCGCCAAACUGCAGCUGGUGGAUCUAGCGGGCUGUGAAGACAACCGGCUCACUGGCAACUGUGGCCUGCGCCUGCGUGAGAGCAGCGUCAUCAACACUUCGCUACUCGUGCUUGGCAAGGUGGUGGACGCCCUCCGCCUCGGUCGGCCCCGUGUGCCCUACCGCGACAGCAAGCUGACCCGCCUGCUCCAAGACUCACUGGGUGGCUCGGCCCACAGUGUGGUCAUCGCCCAUGUCGCCCCUGAGCAACGCUUUUACUUUGACACGCUCACCACCCUCAACUUUGCCACCCGCUCCAAGCAGGUGGUCAACAAGCCCUUUGCCCCCGGGGCGCUGCCCGAGCCAGCUGCCGAGAAGACUCUGCAGAAGGAGAACAGUGACAAACAGAAGCAGUCUACCAGCAAGGAAGGUCCCCUGGUUGCUGAGAAGCCCCUUGGUGCGCUUCUGCCCCUGGACCAGCUGGAGCCCAGCCUGGUGCAGCGCGUGCUGCGCCUGGAGGAGCUGGAGCGGCAACAAGGUGCCGGUCACCGGGGGCUGCCCCUGCUGGGCACCCCCAAGGCCGAGCGGAAGGCUCUGCUACGCUGCCUCGAGGAGACACAGGCUGAGUUGGAGAAGAUGAGGCAGCAGCAGAAGGAACUGGAAGCUAAGGAGCUGCUGAGAGCUGCCUCUACACCUGAGCCUCCACAGGCUAUCGUUUUGCCCAUGCGGCAAGUGCCGAUCCCCCAGAAACGGGCCCCACCUACGGAAGAUGAGGGCAUCUUGGUCCUAAAGAGGAGGUCAGAUCCAGGUGGGACGGAGAAUGCGGUGCCCAGCUGGGAGCUGACGCGGUGCCAGGAACUCAUGGUCCGGGGCCACCAGAAGCUGCUGGAGUUGCUGAACCAGGGCAGCACAAGGGAGCUGCUCUCCUUGAAGCGCAUUGGCCCCAGGACUGCUGAGCUAAUCAUGGCCUGGCGCGAGCAGCAUGGGCCUUUUGUUACGCUCCAGGACUUGCAGAGGAUGGAAACGAUGACAGCCAAGAAGGUGGCCACUUUAAUCAAGGCCAAUACUCUGGACUGCAUCCAGAUGCUCCUGCCACCAGGGCCCUCUGCCCUGUCCUUAUUCAGUUAGUGCCAUGGCCUGGCCCUUGCCUGUGGGACCAGCCUGUUUUUCUGGACUUCUGGUUUUUGCUAGGGCAGCUCCAGGGGCCAGAAGCAGGAGCUGGAGCCGCAGUUUGAGCCGGCACCUUAGGGUGCCAACUGCGCAGGACACCAUGCUUACCUCUGCCAGCCUGUCCCAUAGGCUGAGCUCCAGGGUGAGGACUUGCCUGCAGGGUGUUUUCUCACUCCCUUCCAGUGCUCCCAGUUUUGUAUGCGAUGGAUUUUAAUAAACCUCCCACUUGCUAUCAGUGUCUCUGCUUUCCUGCACCCAAGGGACCCACCCCCGUGCCCCAUCCCCCUGUUCAAGUUGGAAUGAGACUUGCAAUUGCAGUCUGGGGUACUGACCAGAACAGGUGUUGUUGAACUUGUGGAAUUGGCACUGGCUGGAUCAGCCACCUUGUAGCAGGGCAAGAGGGUAGAGACCUAAAACAGGCAUCGUGAUAGGACUGAGGCAGGGGACCCAGCUGCCACGUUGGAAACAACAUGCAGACAGUGCCAUAGCCAGCCUUUUGCCAAGUGAGGGCUGAAGUGUGCAAGACCUGGCGCUGACUUUUGGGCAUGUGAAGUGAGCACGCUACCCCCCACAUUGCAGGC